AUGUGGUCUUGGGCCUGCAUUAAGGUGCUGCCUUCUUAUAUCCUGGCAGGCCGGCACCUCGCUAAGUUUGUGCUAAUUCUCGGCAGGAGCAAUACGACUGCUGACUCUGAAAAGAAGACUUCCAUCUUGAAACCUCUAUGGAUACCCUCCAAUGUUUCUUUGUACGACAAUCCAGCAAUUCUGCCUGAAUUCAGGGUCAACGACAAGAUAGUACGGAGUAUUACUACGGCUACAACUGAGACUCGAUCCAAGCUACCAGCCUAUUCAUGGUUCAUUCGCUACUACGUAGCUUGCCGAUCUUCAAGUUCACGAUCGCGUACGGAUGUUCUCCGUACUCCCCGUGUGGACUAUGGAGAAUUGGAGAGUGUCCCAGAUCCGACUACUGAAUGGCUACUGGCGAGCACUGAUCUGGUCUAG